CCUCUACCAUACUUGACAUACGUGUACUAGAUAAUAGACGUCGUUUUUGUCAGGUUGGCCUGAGGAUCGGUUAGAGGGGUGAACUCAUCCUUUGCGAGGCUGUGACCGGGAUAUUCGGUAAUUUGUAUAAAGUGUAAAGGGCCCUUCUACUCAAUGUCAACUCAAGCCACCCUCAGCUAGUAUUUGCAAACGAUGUCAGGUAAGAAACAAGUGUUCGUUAUCGGCGGUACAGGCUACGUCGGCGCCUCUGUUAUCCAGAGACUGGUCAAGCAUCGCACGGCGGCUGAGUCCGAGUACACGGUGCUCGUACGCUCCGAGGACAAGGAAAGGAAGCUAGCAGAGCUCGUCAAGUCUGGUGGGCUGGGCAACGUCAGCAUCAAGCUCGUUCGGGGAUCGAACGCGGACGUCGAUGUGCUCGAGGCGCAGGCUGCUAAAGCUGAUGUUGUGUUUUCUAUUGCUUCCUCGGACGACGUUCCGGCGAUCAAGGCCGUGCUCGCUGGCUUGAAGAAGCGGUAUGAGCAGACUGGGGUGACUCCGAUCUUGAUACACACGUCCGGCACUGGUGUUAUAAUGGAUAAAGCAGAAGGAAACUUCGAAGGGACGAAGUACUAUGAUGACACUAUUCCUGAGCACUUCGACACGCUCGCGGAUACGCAAAUUCACAGGGAUGUCGAUCUGUUGGUAAUCGAAGCCGACAGCCAAGGAUAUCUCAGGAGUUAUAUCAUCAUUCCAAGUUUGAUAUAUGGCUUCGCGACUGGCCCGUUGUACGACGCCGGAGUCGGCAAUCUCCAUUCAAUUGCUGUUCCCCUCCUCGUCAGGAAUGGUGUGAGCCGCGGGGAGGUCGGCGUGCUCGGCGAGGGGUUAUCCAAGUGGCCAGCAGUGCACGUUGAUGAUACCGCCGACCUGUUUAUCACCGUGUACGAUGGUGUGAUCUCGGGACGAGCCGGCCACGGUCGUGAAGGGUACUACUUUGCGGAGAACGGACAUUAUACGUGGUAUGGCCUUUCCAAGGCAACAGCGGAGGCAAUGGUAGCGCUGGGCAAAAGCAAGAGCACAGAGCCUACACCGUUCACUACAGCAGAGUGCGAGGAAAUGCCUCUGCUCCGUGCUCUGGGGACAAAUGCGUUAUGUCAUGCUAAUCGAGGGCGUGCGUUGGGCUGGAAACCCAAAUACACCGUCGAUGAUUUGUACAAGAGCGUAAAGCCCGAGGCAGAAAUACUGCUCGGCGUCAGCAGCUAAACUACGCCGUAUCAUUAUCAGGUGUAACACACACAGUUGACACAUUAGGAAUUUUAUGUUUAUG